AUGGAUAAUGUAACUCUUCAGGUAUGUUUUCUUGAUCGAACUUUUGAUUUUAAAAAAACUUUCAGAGGCUCUUCACUAAGAAAAAAACCAGAUCAUGGAGUAAUAAUUCUCUCGAUCAAAAUAAUAUUAAUGAAAGAAAAAAAGUGGUUAGAACUACGUAAGACUACAAAAUGAACAGAACCAAUAUAAAAUUUGCCUCUUUGAAACGGGAAACAAGACUUUACAACUUUUUAUUAAGUUUUCAAAAAAUUCUUCGUUUACCUCGUUCUGAAACUCUUACGAAAUCCCCUACUUGAAAGAAUCUCUUUCUUCGAUACCUACCAACCUGAAAUUCAGUCGAGCCUGCGAAGAAAGCUGCGAGUUGUGUUCGCCCGAAAUCCGCCCGACGCCUUCCCCAACUGCCUCAGAUUCCCGACUUUGGCGCCAAACUUCUACUGUCCAUUUCCUGGAUGGUGUCUCGAGGUCCGUAUCGAUUUGUCAAGUUCAGAGACUUCUUUGAGGUGCUCAAAAUAAUCUGCGACGCGAUGCACGUCGACAUCGAGAAGGUCAUCAGUCCGGCCGUCGUUGGAGGCCUUGAUUGGGGAACUCUCGCCGUACGAUUUUCUUUUUUUUUGUUCUGAAAUUAUCCCCUGGAUGUUGCUACUUGUGAAAACUUCUAGUUUUUUGGAAAAUGAGCUUUCAAAAUUCGCUUUUAGGAUAGAAUUAAGCCUGGAACCAUUGUUUUGCAGUUUUGAAAAUCUUUUAUCCGGUAAGUUCUGAGAAGGUGUUGAGAAAGUGACCAUCAGGAGGUCGGAAAGUUAAUGGGAGCUAUAACGUCUUGAGAAGGCCUUGGGAAGGUGUUCAGAAGGUAGUUGGAGAGCCUUUGCAAGGUGAAAAAUUGAAAAAUCCGGGCAGCCUGCCCAAAGCCUUUCGGCAAGCUUCUAGCAGGCUUCUGAUUGGUAGGAUGAAGGCGUUGGGAGCUGUCUGGAAAGUUUCCAAGCGUCAUCCGGAAAACAGAAAACAGAAACUUCUGAACACCUUCUCACGAUUUAAGUAUCUCCAAAAAUAAUAAGAGGAUUCUUCAUCUACACCUUCAGAUAAUUUUCAAAUCAUUUUUCAGAAAAUCCCAAACUUACAUUAAAAACCUUCUUUGUUAGCUUUUAAAAAGUGAGCCGAUAAGGUGUGAGUUUUCAGAAUGAGACGUGGACCGGCGUCUUGGGAUACCUGCAGAACGACACGGCCGACACAGCCUGUCUAAUGUAUCAGAUGACGGAAAAACGAGCCCAGUACUACCAGUUUUCCUAUCCCGUCACAAAUGUGAGUUUAUCCCGUUCGAGCAGUCCCGUUAGAGCAUAAUGAAUAGGAUGGGAUAGGAUUUACAAAAAACAUCUUUGUUUAGAUCCAACCGAUCUUCGUGGCGCGACGCCAAGUGCAAACAUUGAGUUCAGUACUUUGGAACGCCUUCAAGCCGUUCACCUACGAAGUCUGGCUCCUUUUUCUGGGUAACUUAAAAAUAAACUUUCAAGCGUCUUUCUAGACUAUACCAAAGAUUUCUUGGUCUUGUUUAUUUCUUCAGCAAGCCUGCUCAUCAACCUCUUCUUGAUGAUACUCGUCUCAAAAGUUGAAGUCAAAAUGAAUCUACGGGAGCACUUCAGACCAUUUGAGGUUCAUCAUAAAAAUCUUAAAAACCGAAAAAAGAUCGAUAGAUGACGUGGCACGUCGUCCAACUUCAACUCGACGAACGUAGCGAGGAGAUGAACUUUUCCAGCAUUUCAGGGAUUUUUUCAUAGUUUUUAUUUCGUUUAAUGUUUUUCAUACAGGAACUAUUCUAAUGUUCGCGUUCGCCUUGAUGCAGUCCGGCUUCAUGAUCGAACUCUACAAAGGAAUUCUGCUGACGGCGUUGCUGACGUCAGGAUAUCAGAAUCCUUUCAAGGUCAGGCUUAUCUUCAUUCUUGGGAGGCAGGGCAGUGCGCGGGACGCGUAGAGUGUGCGUACGCGGUUCUUGGCACGACUUCGAUUCAAACGCGACCGGCUAUUCAAAAAGCUCGAUCACCGCUCUUUUUUAUGUUUUACUAUUUUUUAAUGUGUACAUGAAAAAGAUCAAUGAAUAAGUUUAAAAAAAAGAAAAAAGCUUAAAACGAGCUCUCCAAAUGGUCGCUGGCGGUUGAACUGAACUCGUUUCAAGAACCGCGUACGCACACGCUACGCGUCCCGCCCGCUGCCCCGCCUCCCUCGCCUUUCAAGUCGGGAAACAUUGACUGUACGUCGUGUUUAUUAUAAUAGUGCCUUAAAGGACGCCGACGGUAUGAUCAAGCUGAUAGGAGAAGGGAAAUUCCACCUCACGACAAACUACAUGGGAAACUGGUACUUUGACGACCUUCAGAACUCGAAUCAAGCCCAUUUCGUCGCCCUUCGACAAGCCAUCAGCGCCAACCCCGUGGUUUCUAGUCCUCACUCAAAAAAACAUCUUCUAAAACAUUCCAGGUUGUCGCCAAAAGUGUCUCCGACGCCUUAGACCUGGUAGACACCGGAAAAUACAUUUAUCCAAUACAACAAGACUCCCUAGCGAUGCAAAUGAGCCUGGAACGGUGCAACUACGUCUAUGUCAGCGAAGGUGAAUCCGAAAGCCACGCAAAUGUCAAAAAAGUUCUAGGAAUGCCGCAGCAAUCGGCUUACUUCGUUUUCAAAAACGACACUCCUUUGUUCAAAGACUUCAACCGAGAAAUUAUCAUGCAGCAGUACUUUGUCCAGCGGACCUUCACCAAAUACUUCUUGGAGGUUAGCACUAAAUCUUCGACUAGUGCUGAGAGUCGUCCGAUUUUUAAAGGGCUACCAACUCGGAAAGCCAGCAAAGUGCGACUCCAGUGAAUACGACGAAACAGAAGCGACCAAGCCUUUGGACCUCGACUCCGUCGUCGGUAUAUUCAUGGUGGGCGCUAUCGGACUCGGCGUUUCCAUUGUCGGAUUUUUCGCAGAGGUUAGACCUACUCCGGUUCGAAAAAGCUCUGUAGACUAUCCAGAACGGAUAAAAAGCUUAGAAAGGUAUUCCAACCGCUGGCAUAGCUUUCAAGUGCUUUUGCGCUUCUCUGAUAACGAAAAAUUAGAGAGGGACAUUUUGAACCUCGGUAACGAGAACCGGACGUGCGUCGAACGUUUCUGAGCAAUUCUAAGGAUAGCUUGAGAGUUCUGAAUCUACUGAAUUGGUCACUAGAAAUGCUCCGACACGCCCGGGGCGCAUCCGGUUCGCGUAACAAAGAUCCGAUAUUAUAAGACUAAUUUUUAACGCUGAAAGGUUCAGGCUGACUUUUUGAGCUCAGAUUUUUUUCGGUGUCUCAAAAAUUCAACUCUUCGGUUCACUGAAGCCAAGAACUAGAAGUUCGUUCUCAAUUUUUUCCGUCACUUCAAAUUUAAAUUUUCUAUAAACUUGCGGAACAGUCGUUGAAGAUCUAGAUGAAGCAGCUGCGCAAAAACUUAUGAAAAUAAACUUCGAAAAUUUGGAAAUUCGGUGUUACUCAAAACUUCCGGUUUUUGUGAAAAUCGUUACAGAACAAUGAAAUUUUCGUGGAAAAUAAAAUGUUUAUGAAUGAAAUGUUUAUUUCGCUCACAGACAGAAAAUCAUUGAAAACUCGAAAUUCGAAAUUUCAAAAUUGCACACCUUUCCUUUUAGACAUCUUCUGACGACCCAUGAACUAUAAAAUUAGCUUCAAACUCAGGGAAAAAGUUAUCCUAACACCAAUUGUUUGAAAUCAGCUCAAAACCCUUUGGCGCAAAACGAAUCAGCGCCUGACUCUUCAUCCCGACUACCAAGCCUUCUCAAAGAUCAUCUCCAACUUUUCUUCUUCAGAUCUACCACUACUGGCAUCUCAAACUGCAACAACGUCGUUCCCGGACUCGGACCGCGAUGAACGUGACCAACUUGCUGAACAUCGCCAAGAUGCAUUUCACGACCCGCCAGAACUACGGCGACAUCGACGUCAUGAAGCUUGUGGAGGUGCUGCAGAAGAGCAACAGUUCUCAACAUUUGGAAUAA